AUGCCUUCAUUAGUUCCAAUUACAACCAGUUCAAGAGUUACAGUAUCAUUAAAUGGUAAUACCCCAAACAAUGUUCCAGGAAAUUAUUAUGGUAAUCAAUAUAAUGGUUAUGGAUUUGGUGCCAAUCAAGCUCCAGGAAGUGGUCAUCAAGGUAUAGAUGAUUUGAGAAGAAUAGUCAUGUCUUUAAGAUCGGGACUUGAUUCUGAAGUUACUUGGGCAUUGAGUCUGUUGACUCGUUACACAAUCCAACCAUCAUUAUCCCUUGAAGGGGAUCCAUUUUUGGGUCACGAAUUAAUGAAAUAUUUAAUAAAACCAUACCAACUACUCAAUGAAAAGAAGUAUGACUUAAUCGACCAAAACGUUAUGACCUUUAGUUUAGAUGCAUUGUUGACAUUGAGAAAUUUAGCACAAGAUCUUAACAACCAACAAUGGUUAUCCCAGAUUCCAUCAUUUAAGAAGAGCUUGACUGAACUGUUGAAGUUUUUAACAAAUUGGUUUUAUCAUCCUCAUGGAAAAGAAGUUAGCUCGUUAAUGAAAUAUGAUAAUCAAUUUUCUGAAGCCUUGAGUUAUUUGGUUGAUUUGUUGGAACCUUUAACAUGUUAUUACAUAGACAACAGUCGACAUGAUCCUUUGUUUCACCUAUUAUUGAAUACUUUGAUUGUCACUCCUGAUAAAAACUUAUUUGUUGGAAUUUUGAAAUGUCUUUCACAUUUGUUGAUUGUAUGGGAUAGAAAUUCUCAGAAGAACGAAGAUGGAGGUGAUAUUGAUGACAGCCACCAUGAUGAUGAUUUGGAACAUGAUGAGGAUGACGUUAAUUCUACAAACAACUGUAUUGACAGUAUAACUGAUUCACAGCUUGAAACAAUUACCAAUACCCUUCUUGUUGGGGAUAAUGAAAUAAACAAUGCCGUGUUGGAGUUCCUCAAGAUGUAUUUGUUUUCCGAAGCAUUACAUGAGAAAUACCCAAAUUCUGUCAAGGAUUCUCAAAGACAUAGAUUGAGAAAGUUGUUGCAAUUAAAUUCAUCAAGGGCAUCAUUUAAUACGUUGAUGAAACAGUUACCAUUGUUAUUGGUUGGUAAUUUACCGUUAAAUGAACCUAUCGAAAGCAAGCAACCACCAUCAUUAAAUCUAACCAAGAGAUCUAAAUAUUCAGGUGUACCUAUUUCACCACCAGAAUUGACUGAAGAGUUGUUCAGAAUUAUUGUACUGUUCCCUGAACCAAUGAGAGCAUCUACCUGGUUGCAUUGUUGCUACGAACCAACAGCUACUGAACAAGGUGAAGUAACACAAAUAUCAAUAUGGAAAGCCUAUGAAAGUCAGUUUCAAGAAGUUUGGAAACCUAAUGCUGAUGGGGUUUUUGAACAAAAGUAUAAACCACUCUUAACUGCUGUUGAUUUUAUUAAGAAUGUUACCAAAGCUUUCCCAUAUGCAGAAGCUAAAGUUGUUAGUUUACCAACCGAAGGUGACGUAGCCCCUAAAAAGAAAUUUAUUAUAAAAGGCAUUCAACCAAGACAGUUUCCUGUCAGUAUUGACAUUGGGAACUAUGAUGCUUUAAAGCCAAUGACAGAUGUUACAGUUGAUGCAGGAGAUGAAAGCUUACCAAUUGGUCAUAUUGAUAGUAAGAAAUUUCAACAAAUUUUGGCUACUGCAGUGGAUACUAUUUUGUUUACUGAUACUAGCAACAAAAUUAGUAAGGGAAGUUUGAAUCUGAUCAAUGCAUCUAGUCAUGAUUUAUUAGAAUAUAUAAUACAGGAGAUAUUAGAUGGUUCAUCACUUGAUUCUAAAGAAAAUGCUAUUUUCCGUCUUUAUAAUAGUUAUUGGUUACCUGAUUUGGUGUAUGCUAACCCUUCUUUAAUUGAACAAGAAAUAAUAGAUGCCAGUUGGUUAAAGUAUUUACUUUAG